GAAGACGGGGCAGCAGCAGUUGCUGAAAAUUCUGAUUCCAAUUCGUUCAGUAGCCUUUUAUCAGUUGUUGCGUUCGGUCGGAAAAGUCGGGAAAAAGCUCGGAAAAGUUUCCUCCAAACUGUUGGACCCGUUUCGGUUUCGGUGUGAUUGGCUGGAGCCGCUCUUUGAAUAUUUUUAUUGGUUUGUUUUGUUUUUUUUUUGGAUUGAAGUUCUGAAUAAAGGAAGGAUAGAAUUCGUUAAAAUUUGUGAAAAAUCUUCAAAUCUUGAAGUUGGAAAAGUCCGUUACUUUUUUCCAUCGCAAGGAUACAAGAUUGUUGCCCUCGGAGAAGUGUGUGCGUGCAAGUUUAAGAGAAAAGCACUUUAAAAGUUUAAAAGGGUCUAUUGUUUCGUGAUCCCAAGUGUCUGUGAAUUGUGACUGGAGCUUUUUUAGCCGUUAUCCUCUCGAGAUUGUGUUAUUUGGAGCAAAAGGGAUAUUCUCGCAAAAAACCAAUACAAAGAAUACCUACCGUUUUCGUGUUUGAGAUGCCCUGGAGCCACCAGUAGCUAGCCGAUGAUGACAACGAUGAGAGACAACGAGCCGAAAGGUGGCAACCCAGACCGAGCAGACAGCUUCCUUCAGUGAGAUCAGCGAGCAGAAUUAAAGGACCUGUUGUCGUCGUUAUUGACGAGCUUACGAGCCACUCAUCUUUCAAUUUGGCCGGAUUUAAAUUGAAUAGAUUUGACGUAGAGCUCCGAGUGCGUGUGCUUCUGCUUUCUAAAACCCCGCGCGGUCCAAGGGAUCGGCUCCAAGGAAACGACUCUUGGCCGAACCCCACGACGGUAUUGUGACUAAUUGUGCUUUCGUGCUAUCGGUGUUUCGUAUUUGCGUCUUAGCGUAUCCCCGAUAUUAGGGAUGAACAAACUGAUUAAACGACGACGACGUAGUGUUCUCGUUUAGUGAAACUAUCAGGAAAAGUAAUCGUUGGUACUUGGUAGAAGCUUGAAAAAGCAAAACCAAAAAAAUUUGAAAGCCUUUUGGACUGGGCACGAAUGAUGCUGAUGAUGAUGAUGCAUCCGUUGUCCUUAUCGCCGACAUUGGCGACCAGCUACAAACCCCCCGGUGAGGAAUCCGGUAAAACUCCUCUGAAAACCGGCGGCAAUCGUGGCGGCGACGACGUAAUAAGACUCGGUAGAACAAUCCGUCCUCGUCCUGGAGUGUCGGUAUGCGAAGCCUCAGCAAAGGCAGUGUCAUCGCCGGGCCAACAGUCGCAUGCCAAAAGAAUCCCGAGGACGAUGGCGUCCUUCCGGGUUCUUCUGUUGAUGCUGCCACUGCUAGGGGGAAGCACGUUGUUCGGCGUGACUCAGUGCGAUGCUCUCGAUGCCUAUUAUCCCACUUCAAGGCUUCAUCUGAGUAUCCCAACCUCCAAAGAGUCGUACAUCAUCCUUCGAAACCAUCCGUUGCUCAAUUUGGUCCCCUCGAUUGAGCAAAUCCCCAGACCAGCCUACCGGUACACAAUUGAGAGCCCUGUCGAGGAAGCGAGCUAUCUGAAGAUUGAUUCCGGUUCUGGUGAUGUUUGGAUCGCUUCCCAUUUCCUGGACUUUCGAACCCCCACCGAGUUUAUCAUUUCCGCAAGCCCCGUCAACGAAAGCGGAGCAACGCUUCUACGCCUCAGCCUCACCAUCGAGCCGAUUCACGUGGCCGAAGACGGGCUGGCAAACUUUUGCCGGAAUCACUUUGAGAGAAUUUGUUUCUGGGAAUCGGCCACCUAUCGUAUUCGGGAAAAUGAACCGUCUGGUUUUGUCAUCGGCCCAAUUGGCCCUCGUUUCUAUCGGGAGCUUUGCCGCACCAAAGCCGUCUCGUACAGUUUGGAAAACGGGACGGAUUAUCUGACCGAAAGGAACGGAUCAUUCCUUAACCGAGUGCCAUUGGAUCACGAUUCACUCAGACCUGGACCCACACUUUUGGUCGGUGUAAGCUGUACCGUUCAGUUCGAUGAAGCCGAAACCGGAAGCGUUGCCUUAUAUCAAGCCGAGAAAACAGUGAAAGUUGAUGUGCUGGAUCAAAAUGAUAACGGUCCUCGGCUGGAACACAUGAACGAUACCCGAAUCGAGUUGGAGUUGGACGACCCACAUAUCUAUCGAGAUCAACCGCUCAGCCACUUGAAGGUUCUUUUCGUAGAUAACGAUACGAUCGCGAUGAACAACCACGUGCACUAUCAACUGCUGAACGAUACGUACAAACUGUUCGCACCCAAGUGCACUUCCUUCGAAAUCGAGCGAACGGCCGGAAUAAAACAAACCGUUUUCAGUUGUGAAUUGAUAGCUCAGCAAACGGGAAUCCUUCCGAACGAGAUGUACUGUGUGAUCCUCAAAGCAGUAGACGAAACACUUCCUCCCAAUUCAACGGCCGGCAACAGGCUCCGAAAGUCCCUAAUCUGUAUCCAUCCAAACCACGAUCGGUUGCUUCUACCUCGACCUGAAGCGUUGAUCAGUGCCGAUAAUCCCGCCGCCACGGUCUCAGUUCAAUCUUCACCAGCACAAACGGAAAAUGGUAAACCAGGUCGCUCCCGCGGGGGUGAAGGUCGCAAACGUUCGAACAACAAGGCCUCGCUAGCCAAUUUGCAUUAUCCGCAGGCCGUCAACCUGUUCAACACCUCAACCCGUUUUGCAAGGGUCGCGGUGCCAAACAAUUUCUACGAUCAGAUUCGAGACAGUAAAGUUGAUUUGGACUUUCGUUUGCUCAGAAACCCUCUGAACGCAUUUGACAUCACCAAAGUGGGAGGAAUAAUCUACCUCAAGAACACGACUAAUAUUCAGAAGCACCUGUCGGAUGUGGUGCUUUCUCUGGUCGUCGGGUGGAUGAACCGUAAUGCCACGAUCAGGAUCACCCUGAAGGCGAAUACCCAAUGGCCCGGGAACUUAUGCAAUGCUUCUACCGAAAAUUUCUGUUCCAUUCAUCCGAACCAGACAAGUUGCGUUUCCAGCUGUGGAAUCGGUAGCGUGGAUGGGUCCUGUAAAUUUCGUCUCUCGGAUGCUAUGCUGAAUCUAGGUGGACCUUUACAGGCUUCGCGAGAUCAAGAAAGCCCGUUCGAGCACAGUUACCCAACCUGUACACCGGAUUUGAACUACUGUCCCGAUAAUUUCUGUGAUCCGCUCGAACAAAUGGCGUAUCAGGAGAAGAUUCAAAUUUGUCCUCAGGAUUGCGUUCCUUGGAAUGAGAUUAUCGGAGUGCAUCACAUUGACAAGAGCAAACCGAUAGGUAUUCACAUGUCGGCUACGAUCUGCACCUGUCGGGCCACGGGUCAAUGUGAUUGCAACGAUGGAGUCGGGGUUCGAAAUGAAGAUCGACGCGUUAAGACGAAAUCUACUACCCAGUCUAGUAGUACAACAACGACUGAAAUUCCGACUACCGCUAGUAAAGGAAACUCUACGGGAGGCGCAUCAUCGCCGGAAGCUGUUAGGGAUGGGUUUGGCGGCUUUCAUCACGCUACUGGGCUUAUAAAAGGUCCAAACGCACCUAUCUACCUACUAGCAAUCGUCGUGAUUCCGAUGGUCAUCGCGAUCCUGUUGGUGGUCAUCUGCUUUUCUCGACGUAUUGGUUUGAAGAAGAAGAUAGAUAAGAACAGCAUACCCUUGCAAAAUGUGAGCAACGAAACAGAAGUAUUCAACGUCGAACUUCCGCUGAACUCGAGGAUCAACGAUAUCAACUUUAAAAUUGAUUUCGACUCAAAAUGGGAAUUCCCUCGAUCCAAUCUAAUACUGGAUGUGACCCUGGGAGAAGGUGAGUUCGGUAAGGUCCUUAAGGGCUACGCUACCGAUCUGCCGGAAAAGCCUGGAAUCACAACCGUGGCCGUUAAAAUGCUGAAAACCGGCGCCAAUUCCGUCGAACUGUUGGCCCUGCUGUCCGAGUAUCAACUGCUACAGGAAGUAGCUCAUCCGAAUGUGAUCCGCCUGCUGGGAGCAUGUACCAAGGGCGAAUCGCCGCUGUUGAUUAUCGAGUAUUGCCAAUACGGAUCGCUUAAGAACUACCUACGAUUGAGUCGCAAACUUGAAGUGAUGAACUCUGCCGAUUAUGAGAAUGCUAUCGCUCCGAUCACGGUCAAGGACAUUCUGUCGUUUUCGUGGCAAAUCAGUAAAGGGAUGGCAUAUCUUACUGAGAUCAAGCUGGUCCAUCGGGACUUGGCCGCUCGGAAUGUUCUUCUAGCCGAAGGAAAGGUGUGCAAAAUCUCCGACUUUGGACUGACGCGGGAUGUGUACGAGGACGAUGCCUACCUGAAGAAGAGCAAGGAUCGAGUCCCGGUCAAGUGGAUGGCCCCGGAAUCGCUAGCCGAUCAUAUCUACACCACCAAGAGUGACGUUUGGGCUUUUGGAGUGCUGUGUUGGGAGCUGAUUACACUCGGCGCGUCUCCUUAUCCAGGCAUCCUACCGCAGGAUUUGUACACCCUAUUGAAGCAGGGGUAUCGCAUGCCUUGUCCUACCAAUUGUUCGGAAGAAAUAUACAGUAUUGUAAGGUCAUGUUGGGCGGAUGAUCCAAAGCUGCGACCUUCGUUCAAAUAUCUAGCCGGACAGUUCGAAGCCCUUUUGGGUCGUAGUGCCAAAUAUGUGGACAUGGAGCAAAACUCGAUUUCAAAUCCGGUGUACUGUGAAAAUGCUGCUGCUGAUGAAACAGACUGUGCUAAGAUUUCAUUCGUCAAGGAGGAACAGGACCGACUGGAGAGCCUCUGGAUUCCACCACAAUACGAGCCGUCCUCGGCCUCGACGGCUGAUAGCAGCUUCCGCUACCUGUCGCCUUUGUUGAUGGAUAAAAAGACGCUUAUGUUGCAGAGCUACGACAUUCCACGGCCUCUUAUAGAAACGGGCACAAUCGAGCAGAAGUUGCGAUAUGAAAACGACGUCAGGCUGAGGCCCCGUAAGAUCAACAACGAUGGUACAUAUCCGCCCUCUUCCACACCGACCACGGUUUACAUGAACUCUAGUCAACCAAACCUAAUGUGCCGAUUAAUGGAGGAGGAAACGUCGUUCAUUGUACCCAACAUGGAGUACGAUUCACCCAGUCGGCAACCCAGAAGGGUGUCCUAUUUAGACAUGAAUAAGAACACUGUUAAUCUCAAUCUGGAGAUCAACAACAUGGUAGACAAAAAGCAGUCGAAAGAGCUGGCUUUUCGAUUCUCGAGCGUGGAAAACGAUUUGCAGACAUCGAAAAGUGAAUACCAAUAUCAGACUCAGCCCAGCUCUUGUACAGCAAUAUCGAUUGAACUAGACAAAAAUGAAUCAGACAUGGAUCAUGGAUUGCAAAACCAUGACUCCGGCAUUGCUAUGACUAGUGGGGAUCUAGGAAGCAUCGGGAGGGAUGAAGUGGACUAUCCCUGCAAAAAACAGCAUGACUUUAUUCAGGAAUCCCAAGCCAUCACCGUAACUUCGACUGUUUAGAUGAAAAUAGCCUUGUUUUCGGGGACUUCAAAGUUCUUUAUUGGAACAAUUUACCAUUCGAGUAAGUUAAGUUUUGGCCGGUAGACCAAACUCUUGAAAACGAUACAAGGAAAUGUGGUCUUAAAAAAAUCCAUAAACGGAACCAAAGUAGAACCAAACAUUUGAUAUCGAUUUACUGAUAUAGUUAGACCAGUAGUAAGUUGAUGAACAUUUAUAUAAGUACUGCUCGCCCGAGCUUGGAACAACGCGAAUGAGCUAGAGGCGAUGCAAUUGCGUCUUUUGUUUUGUUUUGAAAGUUAUUUAUUGAAAACCCCCUUUUAAGUGAUCUCAUUUUUGUACUCGAAUAACAGAAGGUACCUUUUAUUGUUACAGCUAACGCGAAGGCUGUAGUAUGAUUUUUGCGAUAUUAUUUUUGCGUUUUUGGACAUAUUUAUUUUAUUUGUUUUAGUCGAACUAACCAAGGAAUAAAAGUGCCAUACGAUGUUAACUAAUAUAUUGAUUAUACUUUAAGUAAGCACUAAGUUAAGACACGUUUGUAUUACUGUCCCUUUUCUGUUAAUUUAUAAACGUAACAAAAGAAAGAUGCAGGCUGGAACUGAACAUUUUUUUGGAAAGCAAACAAAAAAUCAUUCCCAAAUCUCAAUGUUAACCAAUAAUACACAGAGUAAAUUAAUAUUCGCAGACACAAAAUAUGUAAAAGCUAACAUAUGUAGGUCUCUACAAAGCGCCAGUUAUAAAGGAAAGUAAAUAUAAAUUGA